CCUAAAUAAAGAUGACAAAAGAAGGUAGUCUGUCUUUUACUGAUUAAAUCCCUCUUUCUUGCCAAGUCAAAUACAUUAGGCCCUGCACAAACCCUAUGGAUGAUGUAAGGAAAUUCAGUUUUCCUCCUAAGUACUGGCUGUGUAUGGAAGUGAUUGGCUUUAAAAAAAGGAGAUGAAGUUACAUCAGAGCCACUCUGGUUGAAGAACAUGGUGCCAGGCCUACACUGCUGUAUUAAAGCAUUGACAAAAGGACAGAACAUUGCUAAUGUCAGAUAAGAAUCAAAUGUUUGUGCAAGGGAGAGAAGACUCCUGUACUGUAGAAAGCCCCAAAUCUGGAGUGAGCCAUGCCUGUAGUUUGCAGGGGAGUGCAGCUAUCCAGCCUUUUCUGCUUACACUCAAAGAUUUUGAGCUGCUGGCUCAGCAAUGGGUUAAAUCAGCCCUCUUUUUGGUCGCCUAAAAUUUGGGGUCUUCCCACGUCCAUGCCCACCCAGAGACAUGGAGCCCCCAAGUCCUCCAGAUGAAAUUCCCUUUGCCUCUGCCUUUCCUGAUGCCACAAUACAUAAGAUUAUUUUAAUCUUGUCUUCUGUCAGCUAUCAAGUCAAUGAUUAAUUCCCUCUCAAGGACAUCUCCCGAAAGGCUGACCAAACAGCACAACCCAUGUUGGGGAGGUUCAAGGGACAAUUGUGCAAGACAAAAUAAAAGGAGAAAAAAAAAAGAAAAGAAAAAAAGAUUUCUGCUGAGUGUUUGCCCUCAGCAUGUCCCAGGGAGCCAUAAUUAUGAACCCAAUUACUCCACCAAGGCCCAGCACUGUGCAGAUGGAGCAGGAGAACUUCCCCUGGCCCUGUGCAGUUCAUGCUGCUCUUCCCUAGGCCCCAAAGUGCCUCUUUACAUCAAAUUUCCUCCAUUUCUGGCUGUAGCCAGCACACUGCACAACCCGGGCAACAGAACAACCCCCCUGGGUGGCUCCUGUGUGGCUCUGUCCACCUGAAGCUCCCUGGCCCAGCAGGCCACCCUGGCCACCCACAGCUGCCCCAGGCAGGUCCCCGAGGGUCCCUCGGGCUGAGGGAGAGCAAGGUGGGAGCCAGACCCCGGCAGCCCCUCAGGGAACACCUGCAGGGCUCCAACACUUUCCCCACAUUCACCUUUUGCUUUCCCGCCUUUUUGCUCCCCUCAGAGCCUGGUGCCAGCCGCCCCCACUGGUGUCACCAGGCCGAGGCGGCCCCAUGGAGGCCAUCCAGGCGUCGUUCCAGAAGGUGGAGAAGAUUGGGGAGGGCACCUAUGGCGUGGUGUACAAGGCUCGCAACAAGCGCACGGGGCAGCUGGUGGCCCUCAAGAAGAUCCGCCUGGAUGCGGAGUCAGAGGGUGUCCCCAGCACUGCAAUCCGAGAAAUCUCACUGCUGAAGGAGCUGAAGCAUCCUAACAUAGUCAGGCUCCUGGAUGUCAUACACAGCCAGAAGAAGCUCUAUAUGGUGUUUGAGUAUCUGAAUCAGGACCUGAAGAAGUACAUGGACUCAUGCCAAACUGGAGAGCUUCCUUUAAGCUUGGUCAAGAACUACCUUUUCCAGCUGCUGCAGGGUGUGAGCUUCUGCCACUCACACAGAGUCAUCCACAGGGACUUGAAGCCACAGAACUUGCUCAUUAAUGAAGCAGGAGCAAUCAAGCUGGCUGACUUUGGACUGGCAAGAGCUUUCGGGGUCCCCCUACGCACAUACACUCAUGAGGUGGUGACUCUGUGGUACCGAGCCCCUGAGAUACUGCUGGGAUGCAGAUACUACUCAACCCCUGUGGAUAUCUGGAGCAUUGGCUGCAUCUUUGCAGAAAUGAUGACCAGGAAGGCCCUGUUUCCAGGGGACUCUGAGAUCGAUCAGCUCUUCCAGAUCUUUCGCACCCUGGGCACUCCCACCGAGGUGACCUGGCCUGGUGUGACCCAGCUCCCUGACUACAAGGGCAGCUUCCCCCGGUGGCCAAGGAAGGAGAUGAAGGACAUUGUUCCAAACUUAGAUCGGGAUGGCAGAGACUUACUGACGCAAUUGCUCCUGUAUGAUCCCAGCAAGCGCAUCUCAGCCAAAGCAGCCCUCAACCACCAAUACUUCCUCUGCAGGAACUCUGGGACCCCUGAGCAGAGACCUGUGCUGAGGAGAGACUGCAGAUGAGAGGACACAGCUCUCCCCAAGCUCUUGCACCUCCAGUUAGCACUGCAGAUGUGGUCUGGGGCAUUUAGCAGGGGCCUGGCUGGAACCCAGGGUCUUGCUUCUCCUGAGGAGCCUGGAAGGGGACAUUCUUGGCAUUUAGAAACUUUCAGUCUGUUGCUGGGGGAAGGUUUGGGAGAGCUGUUUUGAAGAGGUCAUGUGCAAUUUUCAUCACAAACCACUGAAAUGUAGAGAAGAAAGCACCUCUCUGAGGUUUGUCCUUGCACUAGUGAUCUGAGGUGACACACGUUGAUUUCUGUCUUCAGUUGGUGGCAGUUGCUGGCACCAGGGAAGGGGGGCACUUCUCUACUCAGCCCUUUGCUGCUCUUAUCAGCCAGGCUUCUUAGCACUAGAUAAGCUGUUUAGUCUGGGCUGUUUAACAGAGCUGACAUCCUUCUCUUUCACAAGCUGAAGAGCACUAUCAGUUGUCUUAGUUUGCGCCUUAGCUGGGACCAAGAAGCCAAAAGAUCCAAUUAGCAUAAAGCAGAUCCAGUUAGGAUAAAGCCCUUGCUGCAUAUGACUGAAAACAGGAAGCAGCUAAACCACACUCCAUCUUCAUUCCAGAUGUAAUGCUGUUCCCUUUGCUUUACUGUCUUGGAAAUGUUUUUGCUGUUCAAACGUUUGGGGGAUUGUCUCUGACUCUUGGCGUGGUGUUGACAUCUUGAUUUUUCUUCAGUA